UACCUCCAAAUUUUACUAUACACUUCCACGAUUGAUAAAAAAAUCGUGUUUCUUUUCUGGAGAAUUUAAUUUUUGCAUUUUAUAACAGAAAUCCAGCCUAAAAACCACAAUGUCCACUAAAACGAACACCAUAGAAAGAAACGGCACAAUAAAAACCUCAACCCUCAAGUCAAUCUGCUCGCGUGCAUUAACCGCGAAAUCAGAAUGGCCUGAUAAGGAUGAGUUCCUCGAUGUCGUCUAUUGGUCACGACAGGUUUUCGGCAUAAUUCUUGGAGUCAUUUGGGGGAUAAUCCCACUUAAAGGAUUUCUGGGUCUUGUUUUAUUCGCGGGUAUCAGUUGUGCAAUAGUUUAUCUAUAUUCAGUUAACUUCCAAGCAAUCGACGAGGAGGCAUACGGUGGAGCCUGGGAACUAGUCAAAGAAGGCUUCAUGACCUCAUUUGCAGGCUUCCUCGUGACGUGGAUUAUAUUCUAUACGGGUCUACACUAUGACAGUAUUAUGGCGGAAAAGGAUUUAUAAGGAAUAGCUAAAUUAAACCUGGGGUACGAUGGAAGCUAAGGAAUCUGUUUUGAACCAAGUUGUGGUUUGUUUUUCUGUGAAAAAUAAAUGAAGAAAAAGCGGGAACAGUA